CUGUCCACAGGGUYAAACUGCCUGCAGCAGCAGAACUGGUUCAACUGGCAGAAGAACACAAUGUUCUCACUCAGAUGCAUCACUGCAAGCAGCACUGAAAAAGGAAGUAAACCAUUAACCGCUGUAUUAAAAACACAGACAUGCACGCUCCACCUGGUGCUGCUGCUACCUGCUGUCUCUGCUCAUCCACCUCUAUGAGCCCGUACAGCAUUUCCAACACAACAAGAACAGACGGUGCGGAGAGCGACUUAUUGGAUUGGAUCCCAUCCAGCAGUGACUUAUACGCUCAACCUAUAUGUCACAGAUGGAUCUGAACCUCCACAGAGACCUGGACGGGAGAGGAGCUGCUGGAUUCUCAUUCUACCCCUAACAGCUGAAAUUUUUAAUCUUCAGCGAUACAGUCACGUCCUGAGUCGUCAUCUGCCACGAAGACUCUGGUGAAAAGCYCAACCUGCAGCCUGCACCUCCAGGCUCUGCAUCCUGCCUUCAUUACCCUGCUCCGUGGGAAGAAGUCCUUUCUGUACGCCGCACUCUACGCUGCCUUUAUCCUGGGAGGCCGUCAUGUCAUGAAACAAAGGGAAAAGUUUGAGUUGAGGAAACCACUGGUGCUAUGGUCCCUCACGCUCGCAGUAUUCAGUAUAUUGGGUGCCAUCCGAAGUGGGAGCUACAUGACAUUCGUCCUGAUGACCAAAGGGCUAAAACAAUCAGUCUGUGAUCAGGGCUUCUACAACGGGCCAGUCAGCAAGUUCUGGGCUUAUGCUUUUGUUCUUAGUAAAGCACCUGAACUGGGUGACACUCUUUUUAUCGUCCUGAGGAAACAGAAGCUCAUCUUUCUCCACUGGUACCACCACAUCACAGUGCUGCUCUACUCCUGGUACUCGUACAAAGACAUGGUGGCCGGCGGCGGCUGGUUCAUGACCAUGAACUACUUGGUCCACGCCGUCAUGUACUCGUACUACGCCUUGCGGGCGGCCGGCUUCAAGGUGUCCCGCAAGUUCGCCAUGUUCAUCACGCUGACCCAGAUCACCCAGAUGCUGAUGGGCUGCGUGGUCAACUACCUGGUGUACUCGUGGAUGCAGCAGGGCCAGGAGUGUCCAUCCCACGUGCAGAACAUUGUGUGGUCGUCCCUCAUGUACCUCAGCUAUUUUGUGCUCUUUGUCCAGUUCUUCUUUGAAGCCUAUGUUGGCAAGUCCAAACCAUCAGCUGUCGGCAAGAAAAACACUUAGAGAAAUACCAAAAGUAUGGUGGGGAAAGGGAGAUCGUUUUUAAAAAAAAAAAAAGGGAAAUGAAAACUGACAACAGGGACCAGUGACUUGAAAGAUAGUUGACCUGAGGUGAGAGAGAUGGGGCAGGGAGGGGCAGUAAGGGCUAUUGAGAGGGUGGGGGUGGGGUUUUAAAAGGACUGGUGUGUUGAGCUUUACUACUUAUGUGCAGAUUUAUGAAAAUUAUCUUAUUGGAGGUGAUGUCUCCCUUGAAGGAUACUGAGGAAGCAGCACCACCAUGUAGAAAAGCCAUCAUGAAGGUUAAAACUUCCUGUUGUGGACUCAGUUUUUAAAAACUUUAAAAAAAAAACAAUGUUUUGAUUAGAUCUGCCAGAAGAACUAUUUAAUAUUGAUAAUAAAGGGUUACAUGUAUUGAUGGAUGGUAUCAGUUGAACAUGAAGUUUCUGCUUUUUACUUUGUCUGUUUUUAAUUCGACCUGAGAAAGAAGGAGUUUGAUGAGUGAAAAUGAAGUUUAACAGUUUUGAUAUGAACGGAUUGGAUGAGAGGCGCUAACGUCUGUGUCUUUCAUUGCGAGUUGCAAUAAUUUUCUCAGGUCUUGGCUUGUCUCUUACUGAAUAUAAUAUUAUGCAUAUCAAGAUGAGGUAGAUAUGUUUAACAUGUGCUCCAGUUUACAGUAUGGCUGAGUUGCUUCGACGAUGAUUGCUAUUUGAGAAAUAAAACUAAAAAAAAAAAAACAGUGCGAGUGACAGAAUGAAGCCGAUUGGUCUGACUGACGGAUACACUGCACAUGGCCGCGAUUGGGAAUAGUUGCUGACGGUGCCCUGCUUCACCACUUGCUUUGACCUUAAAGAAGUUGCCGACCACAAACGAUAAACGACCUGACAUUGUGUUAAAGGAUCCCUUCCUGUGAGGAAAACCAGUCUGUUGCACACUGAAAGGCUUAGGCUGAGAACACGUAUAUAUGUUUUGAAAAAAAUACAAAAAUGAAAAAAAAAAACAUGCAAAUUGUCAACAUCUGCUGUAUUGAAAACAAUUAGUAUGUAUCCUUAAUGGUGUCUGUUGUGCUAUUGUGCAUUUGCACUGUGUCAAUGUCAGAAAACAAUCGUAGCUGAAAAGUCUAACGUAUGAACAAAGUGUGUGAAAAUGUGACUCGUGGUGUUUUUGUUUGUUGUCUGCACCAUCCUGGCAUCACACAUGCAUAGUCCAUUUCUCGGUGC